AUGCAGAAGCCAGUGGCGUCACGGAUACCCCAAGGGGUGGGGGCCGUCCCUCCACCCGGGAUGGACCCACGAAAAGGCAAAUUGAUGUGCAUCAAGGUUCGAAUGCUGGACGAUACUGUGGCCGUAUUUCAUCUGGGCGUAGGUUUUUUAAUAUAUUUGGUAUUACCGAAAUAUGGUACUAAUGGUACUAAUUUUUUGACCUUUUUUAUAUUUUUCGAAAAAAUUUGAAAUUUUAGUGCUUUUGGUACUACGUAACAUUAAUAUAUAAAGAUUUUGAUAAAUGUGUUACUUUUAGUCGAAAAAGACUAAAGAUUUUAGUCUUUUUGGUACUUUUUGUCCAGAUAUCAAUACAACUUUAGAUUUUGUUAACUAAGAAGUCAUAUUUUAGCACCGUGCAAAUGGUCAAGCCUUGUUUGAUGAAGUUUGUCGACACCUAAACCUACUGGAAAGUGAUUACUUUGGCCUUGAGUUUGUUGAUGGCUACGGGAAUCGAGUAAGUUUAACUGCUAACAAUAAGUUAUCAAUGGUACUGAAUCAUUAAGGUUUUCAAUUAAAAAAUGAAAAUUUUGAUUUUUAGGUAAAACAUGGUAUCAAAGAUCUACUUUUUAUAAAUUUGUUAAAAAGUAUUAUUCGCAAAAAGGUUUGUCGCUUUUUGACGUGCAACUCAAUGUAAAUUAACGACAAAACUUUUUUGAAGCCAUCAGAAACAAAAACAAUUUUUUAAUAAGAAAAUUUUGAACUUGAACAAAACCUUCUCUAAAACGUCAUUUCAGUGCUGGCUAGACAAAGACAAGUCCAUUCUCCGCCAAAUCACCGCCGCCCAAUCAGAUGCCCGCUUCUACUUCGUGGUCAAGUUCUACACCCCCAAUCCAUCCGAAUUAGAAGAAGAAUACACUCGAUAUCUUUUAUCUCUACAAAUUCGACGUGAUCUGGCUCACGGCGAAUUCGUUUGUAAUGAGAAUACGGCCGCACUUCUGGCUUCGUUCAUUGUUCAAGCAGAGUGCGGUGACUAUUCGGCCGAAGACUACCCUGACCAUACCUACUUGAGUGUAACGGCGUUUGUGCCACAUCAAACUAGCGCAUUUCAGAUGAAAGUCAUGGACAAUCACAAGAAAUUGGUGUAGGUUACAUAUUUUUUGAGUAAUGGUUAAUAAAGAAUGGCAGAUUGAAAAAGAAAGGGUGAUUUAUGGUAUAAAAACGUGUUUUUUUUUGGCAAAAAUUUUGAUAUUUUUUAAAGUUUUAGUAUAAAGACGAUAUCGAUUAGUUAUAAAAUCAAACGUAAUAGAAGCCCAGAAUCUAUUUUACAAUAUAACAUAACAUCCCAAUCUAAUCAAACUAUCACAGUUUUUAAAAAGUUAAAAAACCAACCACACCUUCCUCCCCAACCCCUAUGAUAAUAUGCCUUCAUUUUUCAGUGGUAUGACCCCAGCCGAUGCUGAUUUGGCGCUUCUGGAGACGGCACGAAGAUGCGACUUCUACGGUAUAAAACUUCAUCAAGCUAAAGACCUUGAAGGCACUGAUAUCGCCUUAUCAGUUGCUCAUAUGGGCAUCAAAGUCUUUCAACAUUUGAAUUGUGCAUCGACGUUUUCAUGGGCUAAAAUACGAAAAUUGUCGUUCAAAAGGAAAAAGUUAAUGAUCAAACUUCAUCCUGAUCCAUAUGUGAGUUUUUGCAUUUUCCUUUCGUUUUUAGGUAACACUUUUUGAAAUUUUAGGUUACAGUUUUAAAUUUUCGAAAAACAAUUUUUAAAAAUUUUUACGAAACAAUUUUUGAUGUUAGGGGUUUAGAAUAAGCCUAAAAAUAUGCUGCACCGCCUUGGCGGCCAAAAAAAAUCCAAACUUGUCCAUUUUUUCAAAAAAAAAUAUUUUUUAGCAAUUCCAAAAAGAAACCGCAGAGUUCAUCUUCGAUAACCGGAAUGAAUGCAAGAAUUUUUGGAAGAAAUGUGUCGAACAUCACGCCUUUUUCCGUUGUCUCGAUGUUCAACCUGAAGUCAAGAAGGAAUCAAAGUUCUUCACGCGAGGAUCUUCAUUUAGGUAUCAAGGAAGAACUCAGAAACAGCUCAUCGAUUAUGUCAGGGAACAUCACAAGAGGAGAGAACCUUUCGAACGGUAAGAGUUUUGUAUUUUGUUGGAUUUUAGGUAACAAUGGAAGUAUUUUGGGUUGUGAACGUGUUGACAAUGAAUUUUGGGGAGUUUGUUACCUAAAUUAUGGGUAAAAAAGUUUUCGCUAAAAAUUUAUCGUUUGGUUACCUAAAAUAACUCAAACUUAACCAAAAUUUAGUAAAAAAAUCAAAAUUCAUGCUUAAUACUGAAAAUAACAUCUGCUUUCCGUCAGAUCAGUAAUCAUCCCUAUCUUUCAGCCUAAUCCGUCCAAGCAUGACGCCACGAGCUCAAGCCAGUAUUCAUAAUGUUCUAGACGCGACUCGAGACUCAUCUGUACCUUAUCAACCUUUGCCUUCCUUAUCAACAGUCUCUUCUCAACCAAACGAUCAAAUCCGAACGUUUAGUUCAGUACGACAACAACGUCGUCUUUCAGCUCAACGUUCCAUCGAAGAACAACCUCAGGCUACAGGAAAUCGAGUGAAUCAGCGGCCGAAAUCAGCUCACAGUCGUCCUAUUAGUGAGUACAUUCGAGAAGAGCGUGCUUUUUCGAGUGAGUAUGAACCAAAGUCCGAACGUGCUGAUGUGCCAAAGAAUAAUAGCAAGACGAAUGGUCAAAAUGGUGCUUCUGGAGCCUUUGGACCUUCGACAUCAGCCGAAGUGGAUCCCAUGAGUGUGUCGUUACCUAACGUGCUUGGAGAAGACAUCAAAGUGAUUUGCCGUGAAUUCCAGGUCCGAGUUGACAAGGGAUAUCCAAGUAAAAGUGCCAGCGGCGACAAUUUCCUGAACCAAAGUCGAGACAACAUCAGUGAAGGUUCAUAUCGGUUGGAAGAGAACUCGAGUCAGUCUGAUGUGGCUACAACCUACUCGAAUGCGACCGAUCCUCGAGUAUAUUCAACUACUUUCACCACGAAACGAGUUGGUAAUGUGAUAGUAAAGAAAGUGAAGCCAGCAGUGAAGCCGACCCGACCUCAGGUCAAGGAUUCUAGUGACGAUGACUCGAGUAACUACUCGGAUUGUCGAGUUUCGUCGGUUUCUGCUCCAGCUCGGCAUUCUAAUCGAAUUCUGAAUAUGAAUGCUAGUCAGGUUCGGGCUGGAUUUGCUCGAUGUAAGGAUAAUGUCGCCAUUCCGAUUGAUUGCCCGCCUUUGAAGGAAGCUACUCCACCUUACAACAUAGGGUCAGCAGCCAACCCACCAUACAAAACUGAGUCAAUUGCGUAUAAACAUGACGGCAUUCCAAGUAAAAUAGAAUCCAAUCUGUACAAAGGAGUUACAUCAGCUAGUGAAUAUACUCCUCCAGUCAGUAGUGAGUAUAGCCCUCAUAUUACCGGUCGCUUAGUUGGAGAUUCGAGUGUUUUAAGCAACAGAAUAGGCCAAGACUCCACCGUUGUGUACCGACCGCCAAAAGAAGCCACUCCGCCAGCUACGUCAGUUGGAACUUGUGUUAAUAUGUACGUGACAAGUAGCUCCACAGCCUCAGGGACCGCGCCAGUAACAUCUACAACAUCCACUGCUACAAUUAUUCGGCCGGUCGUUUUAAGCUCCAAUUCUCCGCCAACGCCGAUUCGGAAGCCGAUAUUCAUCAAGCCGAACAAGGACGGGCCUUCUAAUAUUGUAAUCAGCAAGUCUGAGACUCCAUCGACCUCAUCUGGUACUCCUUCCAUCAGUACUAUCGUGAAUCGACCAUCAACUUUCGACCCAAAUGCUUCUACAAGUACUCCGGUUAUCAUUGGAAAGUCUGAGAACUCAUCGUUCCGUACCGUGAUUCCAACGUCACCUACGAAAGAGCGAAAGAGUCCUACUUAUGUUUCUAGGUCUAAAGCUUGGGAUUCAGAAGGCCAGAAAGCGACGUCACCUGUGAAUAUAAGUGGCCCGCUACCUGGAAAGAUUAUUACACGACAGAAUGUGGUACUAACUCCAUAUGGAGUUGAUACUAAGCCUGAGAAGCCUAGCGUGCCUCCGAAGCCUAAGGAUUUGAUAGAAAAACGAAAAUCAGGAGAACCGGGGAAGAUCAAUGAAAAGAUAUAUGCCAUCUUUGAUAAACCAGGCGAGAGUUCUAAGGCAUAUGAAGAUCAGCAUGGUCAAGGUGAACAUCUUCAAACAUUAGGUGAUCAUCAUAACGUACCAGGAGGUCAUCAAGGCAAACAUCAUGCUCAAGGGGGUCAUCACCCCCUUGUAUCCGGCAGCUACUCAAUAAGUGAACGUGUCAGCACCAGCUUUAUCAACAACGACAAAGAUACCAUGGUGUUAAUCACGACGGACAAGAAAUCAACCAAAAAAGAAAUCGUAUCUGAAGAAGAUCGACUUCUGGAGCCAUUGGAAAGCAUUCUAAACGAUGCCAAUAAUUUGGCAUUCUUAUCAGAAGGCCGAGAAAAGAAGGAGCAGCCAUUUCCAACACUAAUUUCGGUCGAAAGCGAAGAUCGACCGGACUUAAAGAAGCUGCAUUUACUCAAUGGUGAAAUACCGUAUACUUUGACUAUGAGGAACAUACAACAGGCCCCGAGUACGACGCACAGCACGUUCUCGGACGAUAACAAGGAAGGCAGCCCGGAUAUCAAAGGGAAACCUACUCGAAGGUCUACUGACUCUUUGAGGGCUAGGAAGUCUAUUGAUUUGGUAGGUUUUUGAAGUUUUUUAUUUUUAAUACCUAAAAAUUAUUUUUGAAAAAAAGAAUUUUUUAAAUUAAAAUCUGCAUAAGUGUAGCUUUUUAGGUAACAAUAAUGCCAACUUUUAUCUUUUUGACUAAAAACGAAUUUUAGGUCCACCGUAACCGCCUGCCAUCUCUGGACAGUUUCUCUUCUCAGGACCAUUCCAUCAGUCCGACGACUCCAGAAGCCGGAAACGUGAUCGAUUAUGUUUCUCGCCGCCGUUCCGUGAGCAGCGAUCGUUAUUCCAAUAGUGGAGCUACGUCAGCCCCAUGUGCCAGACGAAACAAGAAUCCAGAACGACGACGAACUCAACCAGUUCAACUGACCAAAUCAGCGGCCAUUGAUUCUGAAUCUCCAACCAUGAAGACUGAUUCUAAUGCUGAAACUUCAUGUUGUGAUCCUGAUAGUAAGGGACACAACAUUGACGGUAAGGCGGAUAAUAAGCCGUCGGUUUCAUCGAAUAAUCGACCAGCUGUAGCUCCGAAGCCAGUCAAAGAAGCCGAGAAACAGUCUGAUAGUAGUAGCUCCAGUGAUCUACCUGAACCACCUAGAAUUUUAGGUAACACUCCUGAUUUCACAAAAAUAUCUACUGAAUUAAACUCAAAGAUUCUAUCAAACAACGGCCAUGAUAACAAAUCGUCGACCAUGAGUUACGAUAACAAAUCAACUGUAAUAUCGCCUUCUGAACCAACGAAUCCAAAACCCACAAAUCCAAGCCAAACAUUUGCAACCCCACUUUUAAAAAAUACGUCUACAGCUCCUCCCCCUACUACUUCAACUCUCCCAAGUGUCAAAUCCGACUCAAACACAGUGCCUCAGGCCGCGACACACAAAAAGGAAACUGGUCUAAUUGAAACGGAUUUAUAA